AUGGCUAGAAGGAAGGAUCUCUCGGCCUUUGAAAGGGCUGCCAUAAUCCAGUUUCUUCUUGAAGGAAGCCACAAUGGAAAACCAGCUAGAGGCAAGAUCAAUGCUGCAGUUCAAAAGUGGAGUUGUUGUCGACGAACGAUUAGUCGUAUUUGGGCAGCUGCAAAUAAACAAAGAGCAAGUGGUGAGGUAAUAAGUUCAUUGAGUAAAAAAAAGCUUAGGCCAAGGAGAAAACUGGUUCAUCUUGAUUUAAAUUUGAUUGCUAGCUUAGAAUUGUCAAAGAGAUCUACCAUAAGAAGGCUUGCAUGUGGGAUUAAAUGCAGUAAAAGCACAGUGGGUAGGUGGAUUAAAUUGGGACUGAUCCGACCUCAUUCUAGUGCAAUAAAACCUGAUCUUACUGCUCCAAACAAGUUGCUUAGGUUACGGUUUUCCUUAGAAGCUCUAGAAUAUGAUAGGAUUCUUAGGAGUUUAACUUUCAAAAGCAUGCACAACACAAUUCACAUUGAUGAGAAAUGGUUCUACAUCACAAAAAGUAAUCAGCGGUUCUAUUUGACACCUGAUGAGAUAGACCCCCAUAGGACAUGCAAGAACAAGAAGUUCAUCACCAAGGUGAUGUUCAUGUGUGCUGUAUGUAGGCCAGUGUUUGGGGCUAAUGGUGAAUGCUUGUUUGAUGGAAAAAUUGGAAUUUUUCCAUUCACUGAACUUGUUCCAGCCAAAAGAAACAGUAAGAACAGGGCAGCAGGUACUAUGGAGUGGAAACCAAUUCAAAGCAUCACCAAACAAGUAGUGAAAGAUUGCCUAAUAUACCAGUGGCUACUUAAGAUUUAUGGCAGUGGGUACUUAAGAAUAAAUGCAGUGGCAAUCAUCCCUGCUAUUAAAGCAAAGUGGCCAGCAAAUGCAAGCAAAACCAUAUAUAUACAGCAAGAUAAUGCUAGGCCUCACAUUCAAGACUCAGACCCAGAUUUCAGGGCAGUAGCUUCAGCUGAUGGCUUUGAUAUUCACUUGGUGCAUCAACCACCAAACUCCCCAGAUACAAACAUCAAUGAUCUGGGGUGGUUCAGGGCAAUACAAAGCCUCCAAACUGAAUCAAUGUCUACAAAUGUUGAUGGUCUAGUGAAUGCAGUCAUCAAGUCAUUCAAUGAGUUAAGUCCUAGCACUUUGAAUAAGGUGUUUAUAAGUUUGCAAAGCUGUAUGGUUGAAAUCUUGAAGGUUAAGGGGAGGAAUAGCUACAAGAUCCCUCAUCUAGGGAAGGAUGCUUUAAUUAGACAGGAUAUGCUUCCCUUGAAUUUACAAGUUCCAAGUGAACUUGUUAGGGAGUGUUUAUCCUACUUAAUUGAGAAUGGAGCAUUGGCAUAUGGUGAUACACUAAUGAAUGAGUUGGGAGUGCAAGCAGGAUGCACAGAUGAGGUUGAGAUGAUGGUUCAUCAACUUCAAAUUCAAGGAACAGAAGUUAUGUGA